AUGGCAUAUGAAUUUGAUUUGGAUACAUUGAAUGAAAAUCUUGAACAUUUCAGUUUGAAAUGUCCUAAUCAAACCAAUCUCAUCGAAAAAUUGGAUGAAUUAUGCCGAAACUUUAGAAAAACUAAUGAGGACAUAUGCGACGAUAUCGCUUCAGUGAUGACGAAUGAGAACAAAAAAGUUGUCGACUCGAGUAUUCUCGAGAAAUUAGAAGAACUUUUUGAAGCCGAAGCGAAGAAAACAAUUCACACACCUAGAUCAGUCAAAAAACCAACGCGCAUGCCUCUUGCUGAAAGAAGUGGUUUCAUCUUGAGCGGAGGUCCUGGAGAUGACGAUAAGCCUCACCAUAUGAAUAGUUCAUCGAAUGCAAAACUCGAAGGUCACUAUCUGGAUUUUUCGCCAUUUCAGAAUUCACCUGCCAAUGAAAAAUUCUUCAAGCGCGCUGAUCCAGGACAAGUGAUCAGCAGCAUACGUGGCAGAAAGUAUCAAGACAAGGGACUGAAAGGAGCUUCAAAGAACGAUGACAAAAUGAAAAUUGUCUCAAAGCAACCAAGUAAUUUGUAUGCAGGAGACAAAUGUUCAAUGGUUAUCGAUGCUAAAUCAAGAAGAAUGACUGAUAUCUCCCAACACAUACAGAAAGUGUUUGAAGAAAUCGCUGAUUGGGGAAAUCCGUUGAUUCCAUCAGUGGAUAUCGUUUAUACAUAUGGACAGGUUGUUCACGAUGAAACAAAAGACAACGAGAAGUUCGGUGAAAAUUCUGUCGCAUUGAUGAUUAAUGAUGAGGAUGGAACGAUGAUUCGAUUAGAUUUGAGUAAAAUCACUGAAGACGUGACACUAUUCCCGGGACAGAUUAUUGCCGUUCGGGGAACUAAUGAAACUGGCGAAGAGCUUCAAGUUGACAAAAUCUUUACACCAUCGGCACUCCCAGUUUCACCUGUUGAGAGCGAUACUACGAAAGAUAUCUGGUUUGCGUGUGGACCAUACACUGCAAUGGAUAACUGCGGAUACGAGCAACUUUGUGAAUUGCUCGAUAAAGUUGUAGCCGAAAAACCUGAUAUUUUGGUUUUGGCGGGCCCGUUUGUCGAUCAGAAGAACGCUUUCUUAAACAAAUCUACUUUCAAUAUCACUUAUGAUGAUCUGAUGGAAGAUCUUUUGUGCAAAAUAAAAGAAAAGCUUAUCAAUACGAGAACAGAAGUUAUCAUCCAACCAAGUGCGUCCCGUGAUCUCUGCACUCCCUCCGUGUUUCCCAGUCCUCCAUUUCAGUUUAAAAAUAGAAAACUGGACUCCAUUCGAAAAGAAAUUCACUUUGUAUCAGACCCGUGUAUUUUUCGUAUUGGACAGAAAGGCAUCGAAGUGGCAGUAACGAGCAGCGAACCAAUUCAAGGAUUGAGCAAUUCUGAAUUCCAUCGGUCAGCAAAUCAGGAAAACAUUGAUCGUAUUGCUCGACUAUGUAGUCAUAUGCUCACUCAGCAAACUCUGUACCCAUUAGAGCCGACAGAUGUUCCAUCGUCAAUGGGAGAUCUUCUCGAAGUCUGCCGCCUCACUUCAAGCCCACACAUUGUGUUCGCACCUACAAAACUCGCUCCAUCUGCCAAAUCUGUAAAUGGCAGCGUCUUCAUAAAUUCUUCAACAUUGGCCAAAGGACCAACUGGGAACUAUGUGAAGAUGUCGAUCAAUUUGCAUGCAGGAGAAAUGAUGCCAGGAGAAACAGUUGCCGAUUAUUCCCUUAUCCAACUUAUGAAAAUUUAA